AAUACCACGUUGACGUUCAGAACUAUGAUUUUUCAGACGUUUCUCAAUUGGGCCCUUUGUUUUGCGCUAAUUUUUGCGUCAAAAACCUUCGGAAAAAGAAGCUCUCCUGAGGAUGUGGAAAUCGAUAUAUUGCAACCUAACGUUAUGGCAAAAAGGGAGAGGUUUUGGUACAAGCCAUUUAGACAAACUAAGAGAGAUGAGGAGAACCUAUCCGAGGUUCGUUGCGGGCCUCACCCAAAAAUUGUACCGGUUGAAGAUGGAGAAGGAAACGCGCUAAACAUUCCCCAGUUUGUAUGGGUCAACCGCUGCCAAGGGGCUUGUAACCACGCUCUGGCCUGGGAGAAAUGCACAUCGACCAAAAACCGUACAAUUGAUGUCAUCAUGAAAACCUCUGGCUCGGGAAAACGAACCCUUCCCGUGAUAGAGCACGUGAAGUGCAAAUGUCAAUGUCACGUGCAAUGUAAUGCUACCGUUCACGAGCGUGACGUCGGAAACUGCCGCUGUAACUGUAAAACAAAAUGUAACGAUGACGAAAAUCAGGAGCUAGACACAUGUGCAUGUGUUCCUAGGAAUGGGAAGAGAAAUUUUCUGUAUCAAAUAUAUUGAAAACGCCAUUUUAGAUGUGAUAUAGAAUUCGAGUAGCUUUCGGAAUCCAAUUAGAACGCCGAAAAAAAGAACAGUUUUUCUUUUUCACUUUUAUAGCCAGGCAAUUAACGAAAAAAAUCCGAAAGAUAUGUUAAAAAAAGCAAAUAAAUGUAUGUAAUGCAACCCAGCUACCUAUUUUUGUACUUUUAAGGCCAAACACCUUGUACAAUGAUGUUUUAAUGUGAUUGGUAGCUGCCUACGAUAUGUGCUUCACUUAAAGAAAAAUAGAGUGUCUCCUUGCCUUCUUUCUUGUUCGCAUGGCGCAGAGUUGUGGUAUGGUAAACAGAAAAAAAUAAGUUAGCGUGAUUAUGUCGGGUAAAAAGUUGAACAGGAUCGGUUUAUUGGGAAUAAAAAGGGAGAAAAGCUCCUUUAGAGAUUUGAGAAUAGGAAAACAAUGGUCCAAAAGUCGAGCGCC